AUGCUGGUCGCCUCCGCGCUCUUGGGCAUCUUUGAGUUGAGUUAUGAAUACAGUGUUGGUAGUGUUGAGGUCGCGCACCAGGCAUGGGUGACGCAUACCGCGGGGAAUGCCGCCCUCAUUCUAUCUCGAGAACCGCGAGAGUAUAAGAAUGGUUACUCACACAUGCUUUUUUCCGAUCUUCGAAUUGUGCAAGCGUUCUUCGGUAUGAGGAUAUGCAGACCGUGCCCCUUUGCCGCGCAAGAGUGGAAAACAGUCCCCUUUGAGGACAUACCAAAGUCCCCCAAAGAUAUAAUUGCGGAUAUCACGCUCGAGCUGCCAGAGCUCUACUCAGAUCUCAAGAGUGCCAAGGCAUGCCUUCAAGACGACGAACGCCUGGCCCAGUUGGAGACUAUCGCGUCCAAGUCCUGGCUGCUUGACUUCCGGCUGCGAACCUGGGAAGCUACCACCGGUCUGCAGAUCCGGGAAUUCGUAAAGAGCAAGAUCGCUGCCGAGUUUUCCACCACGGCCAUGUCAUCGGAG